AUGCCUGGCAGCUGUUGCUCUAGGAAAUGCCCCUCCCUGCCAGCCGUCUCUCUCUGCUCCACCGAGGUGAGCUGUGGGGCACCGGUGUGCUUGCCCAGUUCCUGCCGGAGCCAGACAUGGCAACUGGUGACUUGUGAAGACAGCUGCGGGUCCACUAGCUGUGGCUCAGCAUGUUGCCAGCCAUCCUGCUCCGUAAGCAGCUGCUGCCAGCCUGUGUGCUUUGAGGCCACCAUCUGCGAGCCGGCCUGUGCUGCCAGCAGCUGCGCCCAACCCGUGUGCCUGGAGGCCACCAUCUGCCAGCCGACCUGCCCCGUCAGCAGCUGCGCCCAACCUGUGUGCUGCGAUGCCACCCUCUGCCAGCCCGCCUGCCCCAUCAGCAGCUGCACCCAACCUGUGUGCUUCGAGGCCACCAUCUGCCAGCCGGCCUGCCCCGUCAGCAGCUGUGCCCAACCCGUGUGCCUGGAGGCCACCAUCUGCGAGCCGUCCUGUUCCGUGAGCAGCUGUGCCCAGCCCAUGUGCUGCGACACCACUCCCUGCCAGCCAGCGGUCCUCUGUGUCCCCGCUUCCUGCCAGCCAGUCAUCUGCGAGCCCAGCUGCUGCCCGACAGUCUGCACAGUGCCUGCUUCCUGCCAGCCUAUGGUGUGUGAGCCUGUCUGCUGCCAGCCGGUGUGCCCCACGCCCAGCUGCUGUCCCUCCGUCUGCUCUGCGACCAGCAGCUGCCAGCCUGCUUGCUGCGACUCCAGCCCCUGCGAGCCGUCGUGCGCAGGUGGCAGUGUCUGUCAGCCCGCUGGCUGCAUGGCCCUGGUCUGCGAGCCUGUCUGUGUUCGGCCUGUCUGCUGCGUCCCAAGCUCUUGCGAGGCCCCGUGUGCCUCCGACUGUGAAGAGUCCUCGCGUGGGGUCUCCAGCCCCUGCCAGCCCGUCUGCUCGGAGCCAAACCCCUGCGUCCCCUGUGUCUGCAUGCCCAGCCCGUGCCAGCCUUCCUAUGUACUCAGGCGCUGUCAUUCUGUCUGCGGUGAGCCUGUGUCCAUCCCAUCCACCUCCAGCCAACCUCAGUGCCACCGUCCGGGCUCAUCCGCAUCUGCCAUCUGCCAACCAACUUGCCGUCCCCGGACUUUCUACAUACCCAGCUCCUGCAACCCCCCGUGCAGCACUUCCGUCUACCGUCCCAUCUGCCGCCCGGUCUACGGUCCCGUGUGCACGACGCCCAUCACCUACAGGCAGCCCUACGUGGCCUCCAUCUCCUACCGUCCAGCCUGCUACCGGCCCCCCUGCUACCGGCCCGCCUGCUACCGGCCGUGUUACUCUGUCCUGCGCCGCCCAGCCUACUUCGCCUCCUACUCCUACCGCCCCUUGUACCCCCGCCAGCCGUGUGCUGAGUCCGACUCUGACAAACGUGAGGACAAGAAGUCCACCUCCAGCCAGCCCGACUGCCCUGAUGCCACCCCGUGCAAGCCCGAUGUCUCUGAGGUGACUCCAGGCCAGCCCGCGGAGGCCAAGGCUGCCAGCCCAGUUCCCCGUGAGACAUCGGCCCAGCCUGCUGCUGGCAAGCCGGCUGGUCGCUGA